CACCUAAAUGCUCUAUACUUUUAAUCGAAGAUUAUCAAACAGUUUGAAAAAAAAAAAAAAAAAGAUCUCGCUUCUGCAAAAUUCUAAUUAUAUCAUUAUGCAAUAACUCUCCCACUUUUUUGGAUAAAAAUCGUAUAUAAAACUCCAUCGUUCGUGUCAGUUUCCGAUUUUUUUUCGUUGCCAUUACGUUCGUCUCUAUUAAUAUUUCUCUCUCUCUCUCUCUCUCUCUUUUUUCACUUUAAUAUCCAAAAUGAAAAGAAUAUAUUUGAUCUUGAUCGCGUCAAUCUUUGUAAAUUCAUUCGUCGAGGCUCAACUCGAUUUGAGAAAAAUCACUGCGCCUCAACGUAAAAAGUGUCUCGCUGAGACUGGAUUAACGGAGGACAUCAUCGACGAGGCAGAAAUUGGAAACUUUUCUGAAGAUGCAAAACUCGGUUGUUACUUCAAAUGCGUAUUGGAAAAGUUUAAUAUGUUCACCAAGGAUGGUAAAUUAAAUUUCAAAAUGAUUUUAAUGUCUAUACCAGAAGUAUGGAAAUCUUUGGCUCAAGAAAUGAUUGACAAUUGUCGUGACGUCACUGGUCCUGAUAGAUGCGUAUUAGCAUACAAUUUUAAUAGAUGCUUGUAUUUGACAAAUCCUUUGGUAUGUCAAACAAUAAUUAUAAUAUUUUUAAUCUCUUAUUUUAUAUCAAUGACACGUUUUCUUCUCUUUCUUUUCUUUUUCUUUUAUAGGCAUAUUUCAUUCCUUAAAUUUCGACGAGUGAGACAAAAAAAAGAAAACCUGCAAAUUAUCGUGAUUUUACAGAAGAGGCGAUUAAAAGACUUGCGGGGUCGUAUCACAGGUGGAUCAUGUAUACAAUUAUAUAUGUAAAACAUUAAGAAAAAUCAUAGUAUUACUAAAUAUACAUAUUUUGAACUUUAAAAA